AGGCUAAUCCUCUUGACAGUAUAUUUGGAGCUAAAUCUGACGGUAGUGGAAAUCUUCUGGGAGGAAUCAGUUCAAUACCAGGUCAAUCAUCUCAUCAUCGAGUGGUACCAAUACAGCAACAGCAUCAGUCACCCCAGGCACAGCCAAUGCAGCAACAACACCAGCUAAUAACGCAACAAAAUUUGCAGCCACAAUAUAAUGUACCACAACAAACGGUCACUGACAACGGCUUCGGGGACUGUGGCUUUAGUGGUGCGUCUCCGACACCAACGAGUAAACCUCCAACUGGUACGCUGUUCGAUGGGAAUCAAGAAUGGGCAGAAUUCAGCUUUUCGAAAUCGACAACUGCUUCACCACAGCCAACAAACAAUUCACAACAACAGUAUCAGUUACAGCAAGAGAACAAUACUUUCAAUUCAGGGUCCAUCCCGCCUGACCCCAAGUGCCAAGUUGAAUUACUUCUGGAGAGGUCGCUAAAUUUUGGGUCGGGAGCCGACAAAAAGGAUCCCAAACAAGGAUUUCAAAAGGUGGAGAUCAAUCGACGCAUAGGGGGGUACAAAGAAGUUCAUCAAGCGUCGGUGAAGUCGGCAAACUGGGGAAAUCUAACCGCCGAUAUGAGUGACAUGUUCAAAGAUGAAGAAACACUUAAACGCGAGAAGGCCGAAGCGGAGGCAGCAGCUUUAGUUGCCAAGGAAGAGGCCUUACAAAAAGCUCUACAGGCACAGUUCGCGGCGCAAAAAAUGGCGGACGAGCAACAACAUGCUGCUGCGAUUUUGUACCAGCAGCAAACCCAAGCUUUAGAAGAGCAAGAGAGGUCAAAUGUACGUGAGAAAAAUAGUGGAACGCGGGACAUCGAUCAAGCUGAUGAUUUCGGUGAUUUUGAAGGGGAUGAACCGAGCAGUCGUCGAGGUUCACAAGGAGAUCGCCACAAAAAUAACGACAGAGAUCGGGAGAGUCGGCAUCAUCAUCGAGCUACAGAACAACGUUCGAGACGUAGUGAUGCAAAUUACAGAGACCGCUAUGAGAAACAAGAGGAUGCGAGACACAGAAGAGUUGAUGGUCAUGAACGAGCAUAUGAGAGAACACGGAGAGAACGCAAUGGCGGGGGCGACGGACACGAGAAGGAUAUCAGAAUUCGGAGAGGAACGGAUGGUGUAGCGGAUAAAUGGGACAGAAGGGACGACGGGGGCGACGGACACGAGAAGGAUAUCAGAAUUCGGAGAGGAAUGGAUGGUGUAGCUGAUAAAUGGGACAGAAGGGACGACGGGGGCGGGUUUUUCGCUCGGCACAGGGUAAGCACGGAAAUAAUGGAUAAAAACGCAGGUUCCAGGGAUAAGCAACGCUCGUCAGGUAAUGGGAAAGCUGUUCGACCACCCGCUAUUCGAGGUGUGCAUGAGAACAGCGGCGACCAUCAGAAAGAGGUACAUAAGAUUGCAGCUCCGAUUUUAAAAAUAAAUCUGCACACGGAGGGGAAAAUGCACAUGCCAGCUCCACCCCAACUGCACCUGGAAACUUUGGCUACUGAAGGAAUCGACAGAGUUACAAGUCCCGAUUUACCUGUCGAGAAUGCGAAUUCGCGACAAAAUUCGGCAUCGAGAGAAAAUCGGCGGAAUGCGAGACAAACACCAACUGAGAGAGAACGGGCACGUAGAGCUGAGCGAGAGCGGGGCGAAGGCAUGCCGCCACACAAAGACGAGGAGACGAUAGUCGAGAGGAGUCAUGCAGUGACGAAGAGAGAUAAGAUAGUCGACCGCGAGGCGAGGCGACAGGCAGAUAGAGAAGCAUUGGACGGUCCUUCUGCUGCUUGUCAUAAAGGAAAUAGAUUCGAGGGUGCCAAAAGGGAUCUUCUUCAAGAUAGCGAUCAAACUAAACGUGACCGGGAUGGUCGACGGGCAUUUGGUGAUUUUGUUGAAAAAUCAACAUCGAAUGAUGGUGCAGUUCUUCCCAUAAUCGGGCUGCACCCGAGUAGCCGGUCCUCGACGCAGGUAGCGGCCCCGAACGAGAAUAGCAAUGACUUUGUAGACUGGGCUCGUGCGCGACAGCCAAUCACAGGAACAAAAGUAGAGGAUGGGGAUGAUGCAUUUGGUGAGUUCGAGAGUGAGAUGGCGGAAAAUUCGGAUCACACAAACUACUUCAAACGCGAUGACGAGGCUAGCCGAAUAGACCCCGGUCUGGUUCGACUUGCAAGCACUGGUGAAAGUACUAGGCGAAGGAAGGGCUCUGGCAGUGUCCGCCACACAAUAAUAAAGAAUACUGCAAGCAAUUCAAUACUUCCUCACGCACACGUCGUUCCACACGAAAGUGUGCCUGAGGGCUCUGACGCCGGCCCUGAUCUAGAUAUAUGGGCAGCACCCUCUUCAACAAAAGUGAGAAACUCACUUGAUCUGGGAUUUAGACCGGCCGAUGAAAUUGAUGACGAUGGUGACGACUAUGGUUAUAGUUUCGGUGGAUCUUUUGGUGUCGGGCUCGCGGAAACAUCGGAGGACAGACCCAAUAUCAGUUCUAACUCGAACGAACUCCCUACCCAUGAUGAAUCGGUGGUAUUCAAUCCUUCGUUGUAUAGUCGAGGGCAUGAGCGAUCGGAACGUGAAAUAACAGCAGAGAGAGGUUUGCCUGGUGAUAGCAUCAAUGGAGAUCUUUAUGAGGUGGCGAAUGCUCAAAUUGGUUCGACAAAAUCCAGCACGCCCGCUCAUCUUGAUCAUGUAUCAACUGGGACGAUUAUGGUGUCCGUGGGAACGCCCAAUGCGGCCAAGGACCUCUUUGCUUCAUUUACUAAUGGUGAUGAGGACGACCGCAAUAACGAUGAUGACUUCGGUGAUUUCGGCGGAUUUGACACCAAUUUCGAGGAAAACCUAGCACCCGGUAUGGGCAUAGCGAUGGCCUUCUCAACGCAAGCUUAUAGUCACGACCCCGCAGCACCGGAUCAUGACGUCCAAUCUAAGUAUAAGAAAGGAAACGAAGCAAGUGGUAAAUUUGACCUGUCUAUAAAGGAGGAUCACAAUGAGGUUGACCUGGAGACACCCGUAAGUGACGUUGACAAGGUCACAACAGAUGCAAAACGGGCAAUGACCGUUGCUAGUGACCAGAGCGACCCUCACGAAAAGGAAUAUGAACGCGACGAGAUUGAACAACCCGAAAGCAGUCCAGCUGUUAUACGAAAGUUCUCCGAAGACUCGCCAGCAUAUAUCAAGGCCAGGGAAUUUGCAGAGCACGCAACAGGAAGCGUAAAUUAUGACGACGCGCUCUCUACAUUUAUGACUGACCUGGAUACACUCGUGGCCGAGAAGAAAGCCACGGAACAUGAACAUGGGAUUGAUGAGAACAAGAACAAAUUUAUCGAUCAUGGGCGACAACCCUCUCUCGUGCGGAAAGUGGCACCAGGCCAGAACACAAGUAGAAUUGCGACACCUCCACCAACUGAUGGAGAUCUCUACAGCUAUUUCCGUAGUGCGAGUGAAAGUGAGAAUCCUUCCGAAACGAUUCACGAUCGUGAUUCCUUGUCGCCGACAGUUGAUGAUCGCGAGUCCAAGUGGUCACGACUUCUAACGAGGUGUAUGGCGGUUCUCACUACUGCGCAGCGAACAUUGGACCGUAUGCAGCACACGGCCUCAAAGAUCACGAUUGAAGAGGUCAUGGAAGCGCCCCAGACGCGGAACUACUUGAUAGGUAUCGCCGAGAUUUACAUGCUUUCGCGUCGGAUCCAAGCAGGGGUUGAUGAGGAUAUGGUCGGUUGUUGUCGUCUUAUGGAAGAUAUAGAUCGUGUUUGGCAGGGCCUUAUCCCACAUGUUGAGGGGAUCUGUCUUACUCAAGUUAACGAAGUGGAAUAUGAAGGGAUUGCCAAACCAUCGUCGAGUAUUCAACCCGAGUCUGCCAAUGUCGGAAAUGUGCUUCGCGAUGGUAAAGAAGUAUUCAAUUGUGCCAUAUGUUUGUGUUAUGUGAGGGUUACGAACGCAUCAAACAAAGAGAGUACUGAUCCAGUAAGUGAGAAUGAUAAUGUUGUACAGGGUGAAGAGGACCAUAGCGCUGAGCCCACUAAUUACUCGUAUCAGCCCAACACAGCAGUAGCUCACAUCAAUGGUUCAGUUUAUCAUGUAACGUGCGCCAAUUUUUGGAUUCGAGAGGUGACGCCUUCUGUUCCGAACCUACGAUGCCAGUGACAUCUUGGCCUCCUUCAGAUGCAGACACGGUGUGAUGGAAGGGGUUCUACUAUGCCGUGCGCGAAUUGCUUUGGACAUGAAAGCUGCUCUACCAUCAAUCCGAAUUAGGAGGGGUAUAUUACACAUUGUUUUGGUAGCCAACUGAGGAACGGACGUCCGUUGCAAGUUUCUCAUAAUAUUAAUUAAAAUUCGUGCUGUCGUCGCAGCUGAUGUUGGAUACAUUUGAGUACCUCAUUCAAUCUGGUAAAGGCGGCGUCA